UCAAUUUCAGUGUUGGACAUUAUAUUUUGUAAGAAGACGCUUUUAUUGUGAAAAACCUUCAUGCGGAAGUGGUGGUUUUCUUCUGACAAGAAGAAAAAACAGAGCUCACGUCUUUUCAAUUUCGCUCGCAACACAAGGAUGGCAUCAAGCAGUACGAGCAGCGAGGAGGAACGGAGCCUCCAAGAGUGUGAGCAGUACGUCCAGAAACACAACAUCCAGCAACUGCUCAAGGAAUGCAUCAUCCAGCUGUGCACGGCCCGGCCCGACCGGCCCAUGAACUUUCUCAGGGACCACUUCGAAAGACUGCAGAAGGAGGAGGCCCAGCAGAUCGCCGCGCAGCAGAGGUCCGGCUCCAGGUCGGACUCCCGGGAGGAGGAAGUCUCUCCGCCCAUGAACCCCGUGGUGAGGGGUCGCACCCGGAGAGGAGCCAUCAGUGCUGAGGUGUACACCGAGGAAGACGCUGCGUCCUAUGUCAGAAAGGUCAUCCCAAAAGACUACAAGACCAUGGCCGCCCUGGCCAAAGCCAUGGAGAAGAACGUGCUGUUUGCCCACCUCGACGACAAUGAGCGGAGUGACAUUUUCGACGCAAUGUUUUCCGUCAACUACAUCGCCGGGGAAACGGUCAUCCAACAGGGUGACGAGGGAGACAACUUCUAUGUCAUUGACGUGGGAGAGAUGGAUGUAUACGUGAACAAUGAACUGGUGACCAGCAUUGGUGAGGGGGGGAGCUUUGGGGAGCUGGCUCUGAUCUACGGGACCCCUCGAGCAGCUACGGUCCGUGCCAAGUCCAAUGUCAAGCUGUGGGGCAUCGACAGAGACAGCUACAGGAGAAUACUGAUGGGAAGCACUUUGAGAAAGCGGAAGAUGUAUGAGGAGUUCCUCAGCAAGGUGUCCAUUUUAGAGUCUCUGGAUAAGUGGGAGCGUCUGACGGUGGCGGACGCCUUGGAGAUCGUCCCGUUUGUCGACCGCCAGAAGAUUGUGGUGCAGGGGGAGCCUGGGGAUGAGUUCUUCAUCAUCCUGGAGGGGACAGCAGCGGUGCUCCAGAGGCGCUCGGAGGACGAGGAGUUUGUGGAGGUCGGCAGACUCGGGCCCUCGGAUUACUUUGGUGAGAUCGCCCUGCUGAUGAACCGGCCCCGGGCUGCCACCGUGGUGGCAUGCGGCCCCCUCAAGUGUGUCAAGCUGGACCGGCCCCGGUUCGAGCGGGUCCUGGGUCCCUGCUCGGACAUCCUGAAGAGAAACAUUGAGCAGUACAACAGCUUCGUCUCCCUGUCGGUCUGAGCCGCCUCUCGCUGCGUAGGGGGGUCCGCGCGCUCACAUCGGCUUCACUCUCCUGCUGCUGUUACCACACGACCCCGCGCGGGGGCUUCAGUGCGCCUGCUACUCGCCUCUUACUGCUUCUAUUGUUUCUGUAGGUCCUCAGGAGACGGGAUGUGAUGAGGGAUUCAUCAGUACCUUAUUAAAAUGGGAAUAUUUAUACAAAUUACAGAUGAGAGUCACACAGUCAAACGCAGGGUCCGAAGGUGAGCAGUGUGUUCCACAGGUGUGUGUCACCAAUGUCACAUGAUGGAUGCACAGUCGGUACCUCAGUUUGCAACAACGGUCACAUUUUAAAUGUGCACACAGUCGUACUUCUGACAGGAAGAGAUUCUUUUUAAAAGCACAAUUCAUUUGCUGUUAUAAUUUCUCCUCCACUGCUUAUUUUAAAUAGCACUUUCAUCAUCUCCACUUCAUCUCUUCUUGCAUCUAAAUCCACAUUGUUGCUCCUUCGCCAUGAUUUCAUGUUUGCGUGCGUUUUACAUUGAAUCAGUAAUUUAACAUUCUCUGUUUUUGCUCUUUAACUGUUACUAUAUUUCAGUGUGAAGUUACACAUUUCCUAAUGUCAAGGGACCCCUUUACACCUCUGCUACAGAUCUACGUAUUUUGAGUAAAUUACUAUAUAUUUUUGCAGAUUUUGUGAUGUACAAAACAAUUUAAAUCGCAGUAAAGACCGUUUGCUUUAAAGCUCACUGAUCCCAACACGGUUCCUCUUAGAAGGUCCGACUUUCGGACACACGGCAUCACAACCACCAAAGUCUCAGUCCUUUAUUCUCGGACUGUGCAUUAGAAUCGCACUGCUUGAAUCAGUGUGUUGAGGAUAUACUAUUGAACUAAAUUAAACUAUGAAAAUAUCAAAAGUAUAUAGCCAAUCAGCGCCAGGGAAUAACUGCCCCCGUUUUAAAGUGAUUUGCUGCUAUCUAGUUUAGUCAACAGUUUGUCCGGCGCACGCCGACCUUGCAGAGGGUCCGUUGUGUCAUUGACCAACGUGUCAGCAGCCGUCUACACCAAAUGAGUGAGUCCAGCUCCCAUGAUGCAACGCUGUGUGCCUGGUAAACAAUCUGCUCAAUAUGAACAUGUUCUCCAAAACGGCCGGCGCUUUCCUUCAGGCCCGUGCUGCAGCUUAGUGGACGAGUCAACUGUGUGUACUUCACAAACUACGACACACACACACACACACUUUGAGACCUAAAAGUAUGGAUGUCGAAUACGGAACCCAACCAACGAGUCAGCAUCCGGUUCCUCUCUGAAGAACAUCGCUGGGUCCGUCCUGUAGGACCGCCGCAAUCCGUUCACGCCUCGGCAUUCAUGUGGCGCUCGUCUCUACGCUCAGUGUUAAAUGUCCUCUGUGUAUCAGCGGCGUGGCGCCUGUUGGUCCCCGGGGGGGGGGGGGGGUAAAUGUAUAUUUCUGCUCUGCUGAUGAAAUAUGGACAGACUAUUUUUCUCAGCCACUUGUUGUAAACGUCUGUGCUUGCUGAGCAGACUGAUAUAAAUAAAGUAAUCCUGUUCUGAUUUCAUUUGAUUAAAGCGCAGUGAUUUAGUUAUGAA